AUGAUAGUUAAUAUUCUUUUUGCGACUAAUACAAUCAUUGUAGGCGAAGCUGAAUUAACAGGAUCUAUAGUAGAUGAAUCAGAGUUUUAUAUUGGGCAACCAAAUUCUACUACUUCAUGCACAAAAAGUAAUGGAAAAGUCGAAAUCCCUGAUACUGUAAAAAUAGAUGGCAAACAAUACAAAAUUACACAUAUUUAUCCAUAUGCUUUUUCAAAUGCUCGCAUCAGUCAUCUUAAAACAAGUACUUCUCUCAGUGAAAUCGGAGAAUACUCUUUUGUGAACUGUACUAGUCUUAGCGUUGCAGAUUUAUCAGAAUCAAAAUUAACAUCCUUACCAAUUUAUGCUUUUUAUGGUUGCAGUUCUCUUGCAAAUCUAAAGUUGCCUCCAACAAUUGAUACUUUUGGUGACUAUUGCUUCGCUCACACAAAUAUCAUACUGUUUAACGGCAAUAUUCGCUUUAAAUCUGUUGGAAAAUACACGUUUUCUUACAUGAAACAACUAAAAUCAAUCGAUUUUUCACAAUCAGCUAUCGAUUCCCUACCAGAAGGCAUAUUUAAGCAUACUGAUCAGCUCAAAUUUGUCUUUUUACCAAAAACAAUUACAAGAAUAGAAAAUUUUGCUUUUUCUCAUUCAGGAAUCCUUUCUAUUGAGUUCCCAGAGAACAUUUCAUACAUUGGAGAAUUAGCUUUUUACUCAGCUUCAAACAUAAACAACAUAAAUCUGUCAAAUUUAACAAUUAAGGAAAUUUACAAGCAAACAUUCAGUAAAUGCACUGAAUUACGACAGUUAUCAUUACCAUCAACCUUAGUUUCUAUCCACGAAGAAGCAUUUUCAGAAACUUCCAUUGUAAAUUUAAUUUUACCAGAAUCAGUUUCAACAAUUGGAAUUAGAUCAUUUUAUUCAUGUCCAAACCUUUUAACUGUUGAUUUAUCACACUCUAAAAUCGAAUCAAUCCAUGACGAAACCUUCAAAAGCUGCGAAAAACUAACAAAUGUUUCUUUCACUGAAAAUUUGAAAGAAAUCAACAAUUCUGCCUUUGCAAAGACAUCUGUUAUUAGCAUUGUACUUCCUAGUACUGUUACUAAUAUCAAUGAUGGGGUUUUCUUUGGUUGCCAGUCUUUACUUUCAGCAGAUAUUUCACAAACAAAAAUUUCAAUUCUUCCAAAACAUUUCUUCAGAAAAUGCAUCAAAUUAUCAACUAUUUCUCUUCCAAAAACAAUAACUAAACUGGAUGACUUCUGUUUUGCUUUCUGUCAGAGUUUGAGUGAUCUAAAUCUUCAAGAUAUUCCAAUAACUUCUGUUGAAGAAUCCGCGUUUUUACAAUGUUUGAAUUUGAAAUUAAUUUUAUUUGGCAAAACUUUGGAAAUUAUUUCUAGUUCUUGUUUCAUGGGAUGCGAACAACUCCAACAGGUAAAUUUGUAUUCAACUAAACUAUCAACUAUUGGUAGUUUGGCUUUCUCAAAGUGCAGCUCUCUUUCUGAUAUAAAACUUCCUGAAACAGUGAAUUUUAUAAAUGAUUCUGCUUUUGAAUUGACUUCUUUGACAGAAAUAAAUUUGCCUAAAAAUGUCCAAAAAAUGGGAAUUGGAGUAUUCCAGAACUGUGCAAAACUAACAUCAGUUGAUAUGUCAUCAUGCGUUAGUUUAUUACAUAUUGACAAUUACUCAUUUUCUUCAAACGCUUUGUUAACAAAUAUAAAAUUGCCGCCAAAUUUGAAAUCAAUUGGAGUUGGCACUUUUUCUGAUUGUAGCUUUACAAGUAUUGAAUUUCCAAAUUCACUUGAAAUUAUACAUUCAAGAGCAUUUUCAAGUACGAAGAUUUCAUCAUUAGAUUUAUAUAAAACUAAUCUACAUUCAUUAGGAAAUGGAACAUUCAUGAAAUGUCCAAGUUUAUCUAAAGUUUCUUUACCAAAUAAAUUAACAGUUAUAAAUGAAUCAUGUUUCAGUAAUUGCCAGAGACUUGUAGAGAUAAAUAUAUCUAAUACAAAUGUAGAUACAAUUAAUGAUAAUUUGUUUAGUGGUUGUUCGAAUUUGGAAAUAAUUUUGUUGCCGGAAACCCUCAAAACAAUUAAAGUUUCUCCUUUCAAAGACACUUCAAUUGAGAAAUUAAGGAUUCCUCCUUUAGUUAACAAGAUUCAUGUUGAAGCAUUCAAAGGAGCAUCCAAAUUGGAUGUGUUGAGUUACUGUGGUAAAUAUAAAUUUGAUGAACAAUUGCUGUUUGACAACAAAGUCAAAAUUUACGUAAUUAAUAAUUAUCCACAUAAUUCAUUCGGCGGAGCUGAAAUUGUUGGAUUUGAUAAGUGUCCUGUUUUAGUUCCAAAUGUUUCUAGACAGUUUAGAAGCAAACCAGUAUCUAUUUCUUUGUUGUGUGGAUUCAUUGUUAUUGCAAUUGUUAUCUUGGGAAUUAUGAAGUUGGUAAGUCCACAACCAAAGAUGCCCAAGGACGAAGAAGAACUGCUCUCGGAAUCAGCUGCUAAUCUAUAA